AUGAUGUUGGAGUUGCAGGGAGCUGCAGUGGUCCAUAAACGGCGUGCGACCAUGCUUCUCCACGUUUUCAUCCCACCAGCUAAGCGUUUAUCACCUACACAUCAUUUGUUACCUUGCACUACUGAAGAUCAUCUAAAUCUUAACAUCAUCCUCGGAUAUGUGCCUUGA